AUGUUCUCCAUCCUUACGACCGUCGUAACACUUGCAUUGGCUCUGGCAGGCUCGCAGGCUCUUGGACAACAGCAGGUCCUGGAAUCAUCACCCCGGGUACACGAGAAAGAGGCGGCGAACUUCACGCAGCUCUUCGCGUCAGAUGGAAUCUACCAGAAGGCAUGGACCAGGGAGUCCUGGAAUGGCCUCACCACGUUCGCUCGUUCUGCACCUCUCAGAUGCUUCGGUGCGGACUCAGAGAGUCCGUAUGAUGUCGCUGUUCUUGGUGCCCCCUUUGACACCGCGACUAGCUUUCGUCCUGGCACGUUUCGGACCCAACGGAAUCCGUCAGGGUGGCGCCGCCUGGGUAUUGAGCGGAUUAACGUGCCCAUGAAGAUCCGUGUCUCUGACUACCUUGACAUCGUUGACUGCGGUGAUGUUCCAAUGGUGACCACGGACAACAAGGUGGCAUUGCGCCAGCUCGAGGCUGCGAACAAAAUGGUGCUCUCCAAGACGAGCUUCCGCUCUUUCGAAGGCACCAGCCUGGCGAAGGACGGCAAAUACUUGGAACCAAGGGCAUGGGGCGGCAGCCCAUGGCUCCCGGGUGAGAGGUCCCUGUCUCGCACGGCAGUUACUUCUGACUACGAAGUCGGCUUCGUCAUCUCGCACGCGGACGACCUCGAGGAGAUCGGCUGGCGAGGCGUGGUGAAGAAGAUCAGGGACACCGUUGGGAUAACCCAGUCUACACACCGGAACUCCCGAGAUCGGUGGAUCACCACAAGGGAGAUCAAGAAGAUCAUGCAGGGCCUCGCUGGCCUGAAAAUUGUUGGCGCAGACAUCGUAGAGGUUGCUCCUGGUUACGACACACAAGAUGAGAUCACGCAGAUCGCUGCGGCGAAUAUUGGCUAUGACAUCCUUGCACUGAUGGCGAAGGCCCCUCUGACGGUCUAAAUGCGCUAGUAACGAGCUGUCGGCCAGGCCAGCUCCUGGAUGAGGGAGGUCGUGUAGACGUCCUCAGAAAGUCUGCGUUGACGCGAGUAAGUUCAAAGACGAAUGUACAUGUGUAGGGGUAUAGUUUGCUAUGAUGAUUUAUCCGGGUUCCGUGCAGAGAAUCGCCAGUUGACUUCAGAACCCUUCCGUGAUCGAGCCGAUCCUUCCAAAGGCGCGGCAUCGCUGUGUCAUCCGCAAUUAUGCAAGCCAAGUAUGGUACUCGUAUUCUCAAUGCACAUAGUCUCCCGUCUCGCGCGGACACCGAGGGGACCGAGAUGAGAUACUAGAAACCAUUAAUCCUGCGAGCGGAAUCCCGGACAUCCGUGCAGAUAUUAGCUCAAUCAUGUUCUCACAGCAGGA